CCGGGCAGAGAGAUGGCAGCCUGGCCCGCCUCGAAGGCGCCGCCGGAGCCCAUGGAGAGCGAGACCCCCACCAGCAACUCUUCCUCCUCCUCCUCCUCCUCCUCUCACGGCCCCCUCGGGGUCACCCUCGAAGACCGGGAGCUGUGGGCCAAGUUUCACCAAGUGGGGACAGAAAUGAUCAUCACCAAAUCCGGGCGGUGGAUGUUCCCACAGUGUAAGAUCAAAGUCACGGGUUUGCUUCCCGGCGCCAAAUACCUGUUGCUGGUGGACUUUGUGCCCCUGGACAACUUCAGGUACAAGUGGAACAAGGACAAGUGGGAAAUUGCGGGAAAGGCUGAGCCGCGGCCCCCUUGCCGGACCUACGUCCACCCAGACUCUCCGGCCCCCGGCAGCCACUGGAUGAAGGAGACGGUCUCCUUCCAGAAGCUGAAGCUGACCAACAACACCCUGGACCAGCAAGGCCACGUCAUCCUCCACUCGAUGCAUCGCUACAAGCCGCGUUUCCACAUCCUGCAGGCCGAGGAGCUCUUUGGCCCCGCCGGCGGCUGGAGCGCCUUCCACACCUUCAGCUUCCCAGAGACGGCGUUCACCUCCGUCACCGCCUACCAAAACAAGGAGGUCACCAAGCUCAAGAUCUACAACAACCCCUUUGCCAAAGGCUUCCGGGAGCAAGGGAGGAAGGCCGGCAGGGAGGGGCGGAUUGCCCGGAAGGGUCCACCUGGAGCACCGGCAAAGGGAGGAACCCUGAGGGGGGGACCCAGACCUGGCCUGGGGGAGCCAGACCUUGCGCAGGGCAAGGCCCCAGGGGUGAAGGAGGAGAGCUACGCCGUUCCUGCCAGCUGCAGCAGCUGCUCUGGGUGGCUCCCAGGUGCCAGCCACCCCCAUCAGGUCCCCGCGGAGCCUCUGGUGCAAGGAGAGCAGAGCGCCAUGGCGGGCCCCGAGCAGGAGGAGGAGGAGGAGGAGGAGGAGGAGAGGCCAAUGGCCCUGCCGGCCCCCACCGCGAGCAGCGCCAUGGCGGGCCCCGAGCAGAAGGAGGAGGAGGAGGAGGAGAGGCCGAUGGCCCUGCUGGCCGCCACUGUCUGCACCGCCCAGGCAUCCAGGCACGAGGCUGCCCAGCUCUCCUGGGCAGAGAGGUUGCCUGAGCUGGGUGAUGUUUCGACGCCAGCCCACCUCCCACAACCCGUUUCCUUGAACGAAUUUUGGACCCAGCCCCACCAGCUGGACUUCCCGGCGGUUGCAGAGCAAGAUCCCAAGGCUCCAGACGGCUUCGGUGGCCAUUUGCCUCCCCUCUCCUUGCCUCUUUUGCCUCUGCAGGACUAUCCUGGGAUGGUGGUAAAUGCUGGCGACCUGGGGGGCCAACCAGCACCCCGGCGGCCCAUGUGCAGCCCUUCUGCCCCCGAGCCGACCUUCAGCCAGUGGGUGGUUCCUGCACAUGGCCAGUACCGGGCUGCCAGCUAUGGGGCUUUCCCUGCAGACUUUGGAUGCCAGGGAACCGCUGGCCACGGCGGGGUGGCCGACUGGAGCCCCUACUCGCUGUUCCCUUAUGCCUGUUGGUGAAGGACAGAGCUGGCCUCCACAGCAGCAGCGGUGUGUGUACGACAAAGCCCUGUGCUAGCCACAUCCGUGACAAGAGCAGCUGUCCGAAGACCACAAUGAGAACAGCGGGAACUUAGGCUUCGGUUUUAGAAGAUGUGCGACGCUUUCCUCCCUCUCCCACGUGCCUAAUAA